AUGGCCGCGCGCGUCGCGAGUCUCCGCUCCCCGCGAGCGACGACGCCGUCCACGCCCGCGCAGCCGAAGCCUUCCCCGUCGAGGAGCGCCAAGAGCCACGCGAGCUCGGGAUGGCCGAGCGCGCGGUCCGGGACCUCGUCCCCGCGGACGCUGGGCGACGACGACACGUACGAGACGACGCGAAUACUCGCGUGCCGGGGCGACCACUACGCGGUCUUGGACGUGACCGCGCGCGAGGGUCGGGAGAUGGACGCGGACGCUCUGAGGACGUCGUUCAACACGCUGCAGGCGAUGUUAGACUACGAAGUCGCGGGCGAAGACCGGGACGAGGCGAGGAGAGUGCUCAGGGAGUCGCACGACGUGCUCGCGAAUUCUUGGAGCCGGGCGAUGCACGAGGGGUGGGCGGGGAUGUUUGAGGGAUGCUGCGCGCGUAAAUCGCGGCGGCGACAGGCGGCGACGACGACGUAG